AUGGAAGAGCCAGCACCAGUGGAAGGCCGAAGUCAGCUCCCAAGCCCCCACUACAGCUCCCUGAGGAAAGCCAUGGCAGCUGCUCUGGUCCUUGACGGGGAAUCCACCAUGGGGCACAGGAAAAAGAAGAAGAAAGAGUCCCGCCCGGAAUCUAUCAUCAUCUACCGGUCAGAGAGUGAGACCCUGGAUGAAGAGCCUGGGGAAUCAGAAGGUGGGGAUCAGCCUAAAGAGGAGGAGGGAGAGGAUUUCCUAGACUAUCCUCUGGAUGAUGGUGUGUGGAAUGUGCCCGUGGACAGCCGCUAUGUCACAUUAACUGGGACCAUCACCCGAGGAAAGAAAAAGGGGCAGAUGGUAGACAUCCACGUCACGUUGACAGAGAAGGAACUGCAGGAACUCACCAAGCCCCGGGCAUUGUCAAGGGAAACGACGCCUGGAGGCAGAGAGGCCUGCCAGCUGGGAGCGGACCGUGGGCCCCACGUGGUGCUCUGGACGCUGGUCUGCCUGCCUGUGGUUUUCCUCCUCUCCUUUGUGGUCUCUUUCUACUAUGGUACCAUCACUUGGUACAACAUCUUCCUCGUGUACAACGAGGAGAGGACCUUCUGGCACAAGAUUUCAUGUUGCCCCUGCCUUAUCCUCUUCUAUCCAGUGCUCAUCAUGGCCAUGGCCUCUUCCCUGGGCCUCUACGCGGCUGUGGUCCAGCUCUCAUGGUCCUGGGAAGCCUGGUGGCAAGCUGCCCGGGACAUGGAGAAAGGCUUCUGUGGUUGGCUAUGCAGUAAGCUGGGUCUGGAAGACUGUUCUCCCUAUAGCAUUGUGGAGUUGCUUGAAUCAGACAAUAUCUCAGGCAAUCUGUCCAACAAGGAUGCCACCCAGGAGGUAGAAACAUCCGCUGUCUAA